AUGACGUGGACUCAAUUCAAUACAAUUUUCUAUGACAAGUACUUUCCAAAGUGCUUCCGAGACCGGAAGGUUUCAGAAUUCCAAGAACUCAAACAAGGCAGAAUGUCUGUAGCCGAGUACGAGGCUAAGUUUACUGAGUUGGCUAGGUUUGCUCCUCACAUGGUGGACACAGACUACAAGAAGGCUCGCAAGUUUGAGGGUGGAUUGGAUCUGGACAUACUGGAUAGGGUGGGAGUCUUGAACCUACCCACGUACGUGAAUGUUUUGGAUAGGGCAUUAAUGGCAGAGUCCAUUCUAACAGCGAAGAAACAAACUCUCGUCCCACGAACUAAUUGGACGGAGAAAAGAUAUGGAAACAGUUUCAAAAAGGGUCGUUCAUUUUCUGGGAAUAAGAGGCGGAACACAUGGUCUUAUAGUAGCUCAAACCAAAGUAGUGGUGCUAUGUCGACUUGCUCGGAAUGUGGUAGGAAACACAGGGGGGAUUGUUAUCGAGCUUUGGGUGCCUGUUUUAGAUGUGGAAAGAUUGGUCAUAUGAUGAAGGAUUGUCCUAUCAGGUUCGAAAAUACCAACCAACCAGCAGCAAGCUCAGCCGGAUCCGCUUCUGCAUCCAAGACGAAUACGAGGGCCAAUACUGGGAAAAAGCCUCUGAGACAGGGUCAAGUGUUCGCCUUAGUGCCUGGUGAUGUACCAAACACCUAUACCAUGGUAUCAGAAACUAUCCCUGUUGCUUAUGAAUUUCCCGAUGUGUUUCCGAAUGACUUACCUGGGGACUUAGUGGAUAGAGAAAUCGAAUUCACUGUUGAGGUGUUUUUGGGGACAUAA